GGCGAGGGGAGGGGAGGCUCUCGGGGCUCGGGCUGCUGCCGAAGGCUGAGGGGCCGCCGGCUCGCUGCCCGCCUCCCCCGGAGCUGACAGUGCCGCCCGGCUAGCUUGGGCGUGCGGUUGGUUCCCUGGUCGCCUAGGACCUGACCGGCGACGGCGGCGGCGGCGGCGGGGGGGACGACCAUGUCCGGCACCAACAGCCCCGAGGCUGUGAAGAAGCUGCUGGAGAACAUGCAGAGCGACCUGCGGGCCUUGUCACUAGAAUGCAAGAAGAAAUUCCCACCUGUCAAGGAGGCUGCUGAAUCUGGAAUAAUAAAAGUUAAAACAAUAGCUGCAAGAAACACCGAAAUUUUGGCAGCAUUGAAAGAAAACAGCUCAGAAGUUGUGCAGCCUUUCCUAAUGGGGUGUGGGACCAAGGAACCGAAGAUCACUCAGCUGUGCUUGGCCGCCAUUCAGAGACUCAUGUCACAUGAAGUGGUGUCUGAGACUGCUGCUGGAAACAUAAUUAACAUGCUUUGGCAGCUGAUGGAAAACAGCCUUGAAGAGCUUAAGUUGCUUCAAACAGUUCUUGUUCUUUUAACAACCAACACAGUAGUUCAUGACGAGGCACUGUCCAAGGCCAUUGUCCUUUGUUUCCGACUCCACUUCACCAAGGACAACAUCACAAACAACACAGCAGCCGCUACGGUGCGGCAGGUGGUGACCGUCGUCUUCGAGAGGAUGGUGGCCGAAGACGAACAACGCAAAGACAUAGAGCCGCCAGUGCUGGUCCAAGGAAACAGUAACAGGCGGUCUGUCAGCACCCUGAAGCCUUGUGCUAAAGAUGCAUACAUGCUCUUCCAGGACCUUUGUCAGUUGGUUAAUGCUGAUGCCCCUUACUGGCUGGUAGGCAUGACUGAAAUGACUCGGACGUUUGGCCUCGAGUUGCUAGAGUCAGUCCUCAAUGACUUCCCCCAAGUCUUUUUACAGCAUCAAGAAUUCAGUUUUCUCCUCAAGGAGAGGGUGUGCCCGCUUGUGAUCAAGCUCUUUUCUCCAAAUAUAAAGUUCAGACAAGGCUCCAGCACUUCCUCUUCUCCGGCACCGGUCGAAAAACCGUAUUUCCCCAUCUGCAUGCGCUUGCUGAGAGUGGUGUCUGUUCUGAUCAAGCAGUUCUACAGUCUUUUGGUAACUGAGUGUGAAAUAUUUCUGUCACUUCUGGUGAAGUUUCUGGAUGCAGAUAAGCCCCAGUGGCUUCGCGCUGUUGCGGUGGAGUCGAUACACAGGCUCUGUGUGCAGCCUCAGUUAUUAAGGUCAUUUUGUCAGUCGUAUGACAUGAAGCAGCACUCCACCAAGGUUUUCCGCGACAUCGUGAACGCGCUGGGGUCUUUCAUCCAGUCCUUGUUUCUCGUCCCUCCGACUGGAAACACGGCCACAGCCAACCAAGCUGGGAACAACAAUGCCGGCGGCCCAGCCUCAGCACCAGCCAGCUCAGGAGUGGUGGGGAUCGGUGGGGGUGUCACUCUGCUGCCAGCGUUCGAGUACAGAGGAACUUGGAUACCUAUCCUGACGGUCACGGUUCAGGGCAGCGCAAAAGCCACCUACCUAGAGAUGCUGGACAAAGUUGAACCUCCAACUAUACCAGAAGGCUAUGCCAUGUCUGUGGCAUUCCACUGUCUGUUGGAUCUAGUCCGUGGAAUCACCACUAUGAUCGAAGGAGAGUUAGGAGAGGCUGAAUCGAUAGAGUGCCCUGCUGUCCCCGAAGGAGCAAACUCGCAGUCUUCAGAGCAUCGAGAUGGGCAGUCAGUGUCGGACCAGGCAGAUAAGGAGACGGUUAGUAGAGCUGUUUGGGAAGAGAUGGUGAGCGCCUGCUGGUGUGGUCUUCUUGCUGCGCUCUCCCUUCUUCUUGAUGCCAGCACAGAUGAGGCUGCCACCGAGAAUAUUUUAAAAGCUGAACUGACUAUGGCUGCUCUGUGUGGAAGACUGGGCCUCGUGACUUCAAGGGACGCCUUUAUCACCGCAAUCUGCAAAGGCUCCUUGCCUCCGCACUAUGCUCUCACCGUGCUGAACGCCACCACUGCAGCUACUCUUUCCAAUAAAUCAUAUUCUAUCCAGGGCCACAGUGUCAUGAUGAUAAGUCCGUCUAGUGAAUCCCACCAGCAGGUUGUGGCAGUGGGUCAACCUCUAGCGGUCCAGCCUCAAGGAACAGUAAUGCUGACUUCCAAGAACAUCCAGUGCAUGAGGACUCUACUCAACUUGGCCCACUGCCAUGGCGCUGUGCUCGGGACAUCAUGGCAGCUGGUCUUGGCAACUCUGCAGCAUCUUGUGUGGAUUCUGGGACUAAAGCCUAGUGGUGGUGGCGCCUUGAAGCCUGGAAGAGCUGUAGAAGGACCCAGUACAGUUCUAACAACAGCAGUGAUGACAGAUUUGCCAGUGAUUUCCAACAUUCUUUCAAGGCUCUUUGAAAGCUCACAGUAUCUUGAUGACGUAUCUUUGCAUCAUUUAAUCAAUGCACUUUGUUCCUUAUCUCUAGAAGCAAUGGAUAUGGCCUAUGGAAAUAAUAAGGAACCAUCUCUCUUUGCUGUUGCCAAACUGUUAGAAACUGGUCUAGUUAAUAUGCACAGAAUAGAGAUUUUAUGGAGACCUCUAACUGGCCAUCUGCUUGAGAAGGUGUGCCAGCAUCCGAACUCUCGAAUGAGAGAAUGGGGAGCAGAAGCCCUGACGUCCCUCAUUAAAGCGGGGCUGACCUUUAACCACGAGCCUCCCCUUUCACAGAACCAGAGACUGCAGCUGCUUUUGUUGAACCCGCUAAAGGAGAUGUCCAGUAUUAACCAUCCGGAUAUUCGACUCAAGCAAUUAGAAUGUGUGCUGCAGAUUCUGCAGAGUCAGGGGGACAGUCUCGGGCCUGGAUGGCCUUUAGUUCUUGGAGUCAUGGGAGCAAUCAGAAACGAUCAAGGAGAAUCACUAAUAAGAACUGCCUUCCAGUGUCUUCAGUUGGUUGUGACAGAUUUCCUACCAACAAUGCCUUGUUCUUGCCUACAGAUAGUUGUAGAUGUUGCAGGUAGCUUUGGACUUCAUAACCAAGAACUUAAUAUUAGCUUAACUUCAAUAGGCUUAUUGUGGAAUAUUUCAGAUUAUUUUUUCCAAAGAGGGGAAACUAUCGAAAAAGAGUUAAAUAAAGAAGAGGCAGCCCAGCAGAAGCAGGCGGAGGAGAAGGGAGUGUCUCUAAAUCGGCCGUUCCACCCUGCACCCCCAUUUGACUGCCUGUGGCUGUGUCUUUAUGCGAAACUGGGGGAGCUUUGUGUGGACCCGCGCCCCGCUGUGCGGAAGAGUGCAGGCCAGACUCUGUUUUCUACGAUUGGUGCACACGGGACCUUGCUGCAGCACUCAACCUGGCCCACGGUUAUCUGGAAGGUACUCUUUCAUCUACUGGACCGAGUUCGAGAAUCUUCUACAACUGCAGACAAAGAGAAGAUUGAGUCUGGAGGUGGAAAUAUUUUAAUUCAUCACUCAAGAGACACAGCAGAGAAACAAUGGGCUGAGACGUGGGUGUUAACGUUGGCUGGCGUGGCAAGAAUCUUCAAUACCAGACGAUACUUACUGCAGCCACUAGGAGACUUUUCAAGAGCUUGGGAUGUUCUUCUUGACCACAUUCAGUCAGCCGCACUCAGCAAAAACAAUGAAGUGUCCCUGGCUGCUCUGAAGAGCUUCCAGGAAAUCUUACAGAUUGUGUCCCCUGUCAGAGACUCGGAGAAGCCUGAGACACCACCUGUAGUUAAUGUGCCCGUGCCCGUCCUUAUAGGAAGCAUUGCAGGCCCAGGCCUGAACAGGCCAUUUGUCAGAACAGAUUCCAUCGGAGACAAACUUGGGAGAUACAGUUCUGAGCCACCCGUAGUGACUGAUGAGCUGGAAGAUUUGAACCUCUGGUGGGCUGCCUGGAAUGCCUGGUAUAGAAUUGGUUCUGAAAGCACAAAGCCCCCUGUUACUUUUGAUAAGCUGACCUUUAUUCCCAGCCAGCCUUUCCUCACAGCUUUAAUUCAGAUCUUCCCAGCUCUCUACCAGCACAUAAAAGCUGGCUUCAACAUGGACGACCUGCAGAAGCUGGGGGUCAUAUUGCACAGUGCAGUUUCGGUCCCCAUCAGUUCAGACGCGUCCCCCUUCAUCCUUCCGUCUUACACCGAAGCAGUGCUGACAAGUUUACAGGAAGCCGUGCUUACAGCUUUAGAUGUUCUCCAAAAGGCCAUCUGUGUUGGACCAGAGAACAUGCAGAUAAUGUACCCAGCUAUAUUUGACCAGUUGCUGGCCUUUGUAGAGUUUUCCUGUAAACCUCCACAGUACGGACAGCUGGAGACAAAGCACAUUGCAAAUGCAAAAUACAAUCAGAUCCAACUAUUUGCACCGGCGGAAUGGGUUGCCUUGAAUUAUGUACCAUUUGCUGAAAGAUCUUUGGAAGUAGUUGUGGAUUUGUACCAAAAAACAGCCUGUCAUAAAGCAGUGGUGAGCGAGAAAGUCCUCCAGAGUAUUAUUAAGACUCUCAGGGUUCCUCUCAGUUUGAAGUACUCCUGCCCUUCGGAAAGCACAUGGAAGCUGGCGGUCGCGUCUCUCCUCAAAGUCCUCUCCAUUGGGCUGCCUGUCGCUCGACAGCACGCUGCUUCUGGGAAGUUUGACAGCAUGUGGCCAGAGCUAGCCAGCACACUCGAGGACUUCCUCUUCACCAAAAGCAUACCUCCGGAUAAUCUUUCCAUUCAAGAAUUUCAAAGAAAUGAAAGUAUUGAUGUUGAAGUCGUUCAGCUUAUCAGUGCAGAGAUACUCCCCUACGCCAAUCUUAUUCCUAAAGCGUUUGUGGGCCAGAUGAUGACCAUGCUCAACAGGGGCUCCAUCCACUCCCAGUCGUCCUCGUUUACAGAAGCGGAGAUUGACAUUCGCUUGAGAGAAGAGUUUUCUAAAAUGUGUUUUGAGACGUUGCUGCAGUUUUCCUUCAGUAACAAAGUCACGACACCCCAGGAAGGCUACAUCUCACGGAUGGCGCUCUCGGUGCUGCUACAGAGGUCACAGGACGUCCUGCAUCGCUACAUAGAGGACGAGAGGCUGAGUGGAAAGUGCCCUCUCCCCAGGCAACAAGUAACAGAAAUCAUAUUUGUUUUAAAAGCAGUCAGUACUCUCAUCGAUUCGCUUAAGAAAACUCAGCCUGAGAACGUUGAUGGAAAUACCUGGGCACAAGUCAUUGCCUUAUACCCAACUCUGGUAGAAUGUAUCACGUGUUCGUCCUCAGAAGUCUGUUCUGCUCUUAAAGAGGCACUAGUUCCCUUUAAGGAUUUCAUGCAGCCACCAGCAUCCAAAGUUCAGAAUGGAGAAUCUUGACCAGCUGCAGCCAUGUGAAGGAAGACGAUAUUCUAAGGAAUGUUGGCUCCUGAGGCGUCAAAAGAAGGACGAUUCUUCCUGAAGUAAUUCCUGGCAGCUGCUGUUUGUCUUCUUUGAACUGAAGUAACUAUCUGGGUCAGUGAUUCAUAGAAAGCAUCCGAGUGAAAAAAGGCUCCUGGCGGAAUCGCAGCCUUGUAAUGAGUGAUGCUGAUGGAGGGAUAGUGAAUUCUCCGUCAUACCUGCUACCAUAUCUUCAGUCGGUGAUUUAGAAGUGAGCUUAUGUACAGUGUGUGGUGUGUGUGUCAAUGAUGUGCUUUUUAAAAAGGAAGAAAAGAUAUUUCCAUUCAGAUUUUUGAGGCUGGUGUUUUGCACCCUUUUUCAAGUACAGAAUUGUACUAAAGUUUUAUGCAAGGUGGUACUGUAACAUUCCAUAUUAUCUACAACCAGCCUUUGUGAACAAAGGGAACUGAUAUACUGUGUGUAUAAUAAAUGGUACAGUUCUGUAUAAAAUAGUUGCAUUUAUUUAAAAUUUAAAAAUAUUGAUGAUGUUUAAUGCUUGAAGCCGUAUUUAUUAUUAAUACAAAAUUAUUUGCUUACAUUUUUACUUCUGAUUUGCCUUCUUCUGGGGGCAGAUAAGCUUAUGGUGUAAUCACACAGUUAGCUUCAUGCUUUUUCCGUGCAUUGUUAGUGACCUGUACACCUCUGACCUGAGGAUCAUGUAAACAAGCAGAAGUUAUGAUCUGCUGACUUUGCACCUUGGAAACACAGGUUGUAACGUAAUACACUGAGAUACAUUGUAGCACGAUGACCCAGUCAUACCUCAUUUCUUUAAGCCUCUCUCUAAGCUUUCACGUGUCUGUUUUUAUAUUUGCUGUCUGAAUUUUAAAGACUUUUCAUAUUUUAUAUUUCUGCUGAUUUUUCCUAUGGUAUUUGUCACUGUCUUUGAAUGACAAGGCAAGAUGACUUGAGAUUUCAUGAAACUUUGCCUGUGAGGUGUUUUCAUUUCUGUGCUUCCUUUUCUGAGUUCCUUUCAAGAAGAAACAGCACUGAGCUAGCCCACAGUAUAAACCACCUGCCACGGGCAAGUGCUAGCCCAGAGUAUAAACCGUGUGCCACGGGCAAGCACCAACACACAGUAUAAACCAGGUGCCACGGGCAAGUGAGUGAGUGGAGGCAGCCGGCAUUUCGCAGUGGUUUACUGUGGGGAGAGCAAAGCACUCGCCGCUAGGGAGCACAUGAUCUGUCUCUUACAAAACUGACUUUGACCUAGCUCACUCUGUUUUUUAUUUAAUUAAUUAUACUGUUGUAAUCUUCUUCUUCCAAGUUAAAAUUUCAUUUCACAGAUUCUGAAAACAUGAAAAAUGUUGAAAACAUUGCUAUUAAUAAGAAGUGAUAGUGGGGUUGAUAUUAUUUUAAUGCACUAGAAAGCUUUUGACUUUAACAAGAUUUAUAAAUUCUGGGCUCUCCAGAAUAAUCAUAAAACUAUAAGGAGACAUUAAAGUUGAGUAAUCAAUGAGAUACAGUUUUGAGGCUAUUUUAAGUAUAUAAUGAUUUAAUUUGCACUAUAUUCUGUAUACGUGUGGUAAGGCCUAUUUUGAAGGAGUAUUAUUUUUAUUCACAUGAAUCAAUGAAUUUCUAUUUUAUUAUUUCAUGUAAGGUUAAGGUAAAACAUGGUAUUUCAUAGACUGUGCUGUCAAUGUUUUCUUAAAGGUGUAAAAAAAUGACUCAAGCCGUGUAUUUUUUAUAUUUUGAUAUAUUCCCUUGUGGAUUUAAAAAUAGGGAUAUCACUGAUAAAGUAUCAAAAUAAUAAGGGUGGCAACAUUUUCAAAAUAUUGCCCUGAGUUUAUAUAAAGUGAAAGUGUCUGCUCAUAAUAGAUCAGUUGCAGUCUGAAUGAUUAUUCUCCAGUGAAGGUUAUCUGUAAGUCAAGGGUCUAAAGCAUACAGUUAUAUAAACUAAACAACCUGAGCUAGCACAGUAUUAGCUGUCAAUACCAAUCUCAUGCUGUAUAGUUUUAAAACAUAAAGUGUGAUGAGUGUGUUAAUGUACAAUAAUUAAUGACAGUCUCAAUGUCAAUCAAGCAAGUGGGCCACUCCCUCCGUGGACUAAUUGACCGGCGUCUCCCCCAAAUUUCUCUCAACUCCCAAGGAGUCACUACUGUAAUUAAUGCCUCAAGGUCACACAUUCUUCUCAGCUACAUUUUCUAAUAUGUGCUGGUCCCAGACAGAUCAAUCCGUUGUCCUUGCUCUGAAAGUAUGAAGUGGGUUCUUCAGUCACUACAGUAACUGGGCUUCAUGGAGUUACCAGAUUCAACCAUGAAGCACCAGGUUCAAACCCAUCGCCCCCCCUUCCAGUGCAAUGAAUUUUAAAUCUCACGGUGAGUUUUUACUGCCGACCAUCUCUGUUAGACACUGUUGAACACGGGCCGUGUGCCAACAACUGAUGACGGUAGAGGUCUGAGUGUGAUUGUGUCCUUACAUAGGUCACCUUUGGGAGUCCAGUAGUGUCUUAUUUCCUUAUGAUUGGUUUCAAAGUUCUGUUGGUUUCACUAUAUGAAUUUUGCAUAACAUUUAUUAAAGCCUAUCAUGUGCCAAAAGGAAAAAAAUUGUCAUUAAGUCUGACCAAAAAAAAAAGUGCUUUUAACUUGCUUAUCUUUGUAUUACAUUAACAUUUAUGUUCUCACCUGUUUCCCCAUAUGGUUAUUGAGUGAACAGCUGCUACAUUCUUUGAAUUAUAUAUAGCAUCAGAAGAAAACAGUGUAUAAUUUAGUUUAUUUAUGUUAUCCUAGUGAAUAACAUUCACUUUAAGUCGCAGCAGUGACAGUCAUUUGUCCUUUCUUCUACAGCGUUAAGAACGUUGCGUCUGUUGUCUGUUUGGUACCAACUAGUCCUAGGUGAGCGUUUGGCCAAUGGCCAGCUAAGAAACCGCGAGUGGAUUAGCAUACACUAUUGAACAGUGCCAGAAAACAUCUGAAAUGCAUCCCCUGUAAUGAAAUGUUCAUGACAGUCAUGUCAGUAAAAGGCACUAUUUUGUAUACUCCUCAGAUGUAGACUGAUUGGUGUGGAUAGCUGAAUUUUUAAGAGUUGGCUAAGGGCCACUAAGGCAGGACACUUCCAGGAAAUACCUACCUAUGUUUGCCUCAGAAAUGAACUGGAAAUCAAGAUCCCAAAUAGAUUAAUGUCCAAGUUCAGAUUACUGUGGUUUAUAGAUUUUUUUUUUUAGAAAACUACCACAGAGGUAGACAAAAAUGGUCUCUUCAAAAGCAUGACUAGCAUCCUAGAAUGUUCCUUCCCACUUAACUAGAUUUGGCAUUUUGGAGAUCACUCUGAAUUACAAUUUGCAACGCUUAGGGCUAUAAGACUGUCUUUAUUAGACUGAUCUAUGGUUUUGGUUUUUUUUUAAUUAUUCGUGAGAACAGGCAUUACAUGACAUGUUGUAUUACUUACUGACUUACAUAUCAGUGGAUAAAUAGUUUUAAUACUUUAUGAUAUUUGAAUUAAAAUUUUGUAUCUGGAGA